AUGGCGGAGGACGUGAGCACUGAGGGCGACUGCGGCUCUGCGGGGACAGACCCGUUUCCCUUGGAGGAUUACGAAUGUAAAAUAUGCUACAACUACUUUGACUUAGACGUCCACACCCCCAAACUGCUGGGCUGCUCCCACACCUUCUGCCUGGAGUGCCUGGACACGCUGCACUCCCGGGAGGGUCGAAGAUGGAGGAUCGGUUGUCCGGUGUGUCGCCACUGGACUCCGGUGCCGGAGUACCGGGUGCACAACCUCCCCAACAACCCCGAGGUGACCCAGGCUCUCCCGCUGAAAGAGCGUGUGACCCCAGACUUCCAUCCUGCGGGUGCAUCGGUCUCCUCUGCAGCAGACUCCACUGAGGACGAGGAGAGUCAUGCGUGCAAGCAAGUGGCGUUCACGACGGGCUGCGUGUGCGCCAUCUUCUCCGUCCUGUCCACGGCGGUGCUGCUGUUUCUGGGCCUCGUCUUUGUGCUCAACUUCAACAGCAGCGUCUCACCAGUCGGCCCAGUGUGUCUGUUCGUCUCCAGCCUCCUCGCCCUGCUCUCGCUCGUCCUAACGUGGCUGACAUGCCUGCUGAGGUACCGACCUGAAACUGGAGCGAGCAACUUCAGUGUCCACAGCUCCUAUGUAACGUGA